AUGUUUCGAUCAUCAAUUUUUAAAUUUGCUAUUAUCCUUAUUUUUAUGACAUCACUUAUAAAUGCAAAGAAUACAAAUAAUCGCCGACUCAAAGUGUUAGAAAUACGCCAGCCAACUAGUAUUAAAAUGUGUGGUCUAGCUUUGAUUCAUUUGCUGGAUACGGUAUGUACUAGAGCUGAACAAAUAUUAGUUCGAAAUAGAAUAACAACUACAUUAUCAUCACCUACGAAAAGACCAAGAAAAACGCAAGAUAAUCUUUAUUCAUAUGCAACUUCGAUUAUUGACAAUACGCAAUUUAAUGAUACAUUGAUUUAUGAUUGUUGUCUUCAAGUUUGUACGCUGAAGAAAUUAUUAAAAUAUUGUUAA